UGUCCCUGCGCGGAUUCCGUCACACAGCUUCACAACAAACACAACUGUCACACUCAACUUCUGCUCGUUCUGCGCAGCCCUGAUUUGAAUCACAUCAAACAUGUCGUAGCUCCGUGUUUUCUGCAGUGACGCGCAGUUAUCCCGGGCUCGUUCGGCGCCGCCGCAUCUCACGCGUCUCCUUCCCAGAGUUCACCACGGGCACGUCGUAGGCAAGCAUCUGAGGCCAGGACCACAGAGGCGUCAAUAGCAGGACAGAGGAUUCACUUGUUUCCUUCAAACGGAUGUGUUGUUCUCAGUGAAAAGACGACGCAGAGCUAUGAUAGAAAUGCUUGUAAAGAUGUCAUCAAUGUCCAGUGGAAUGGAGCAUCUGAAGUGAUGGAGAACAGAGAGGAGAGGCCUGCAUAUGAGCAGGUCCCCACACCUCCAGAGCGAGGACUUCUCCACAUCUGGCAGUCAGCGGGGCCCAUUGAGGAGCUCUCUCUAGGGAGAGUGCUGCUUUCCAGGCCUGUUCUGCAGGUCACCCUGGGAGAACACCAUGGACUCCUGCUGACACAGGGCGGUCAGGUGUAUUCUUUCGGGGAGCUGCUAUGGAGGGAUCUGAGCAUCCCGUUGUCUGCUCCGGUGCUGGAGGAGUCGCUGCUGGGGAAGUCGGUGGUGCGUGUGGCAGCCGGCGGCUUCCACUGUGGAGCGCUGAGUGAGCAGGGCAAUGUGUACAUGUGGGGGGAGAACACUGCAGGACAGUGUGGCCAGACUGAGAAGGGCACUGUCACAAACAUCACAGUUUCAGAGCCAUGCCUGGUCAGUGUUGUGGACAGUGAGGUCGUUCCUCCAGUGGUGGUUCGGGUCAUGGAUCUGGCCUGUGGACGGGAGCACAGCCUGGCUCUGUCGUCCCAGAAUGAGUUGUGGGCCUGGGGCAGUGGCUGCCAACUCGGCCUGGUCACAAACAACUUCCCUGUGUGGAGACCACAGAAGGUGGAGCACUUGGCUGGCAGACAUGUAAUUCAGGUGGCUUGUGGUGCCUACCACAGCCUGGCCCUGGUUCGCAGUUUACUUCCUCAGAACAACAAUACCCUGAGGCCCCCUGAGAAGAAGGAGCGGGGCCAGUCACCUCACAGCUCAGUGACAGAGAGGGAGGAAUCGUUAACAGCUGAUGAUGCUCACUACUGUCCGCUGGGGGUGGAGCUGUCUGAAGUUUUGAUAGGGGAGACCACUCCCAGGAGAAGAGGUCCCAGACGACGGCUCCAUCCUGUGGGGAGGUCAGCUGGCAGCAGCCCUGGCUCUGGCUCAUUCCCAUAUUCUGGAGAUGGAAAAUCCAGCACUGCACAGAAGUUACCGGAGUUAGACGGACACGCCGAUCAUCUAACUCAGACUGACGGCCGCCCCGUGUCCCACCCUUUGCCUUGCUGGGGGGCCAAUAAGAACUCAGCUUUUCCUGAUGAGAUGGAGCUCCAGAACAUCCUGCAGAAACUCUCUGGUCACUCGUUAGAGACGCAGCACAUCAACGGGCCGGGAGAUACUGACUCACUGAGCAGUCACACGUCAGAUGACAGCUGUGUUUCCUCAACUCCUUCCACGGAUCUUCUCAUUUCCAGUAACAGUGGAGUGUCUGGGCCGUACUCCUCCUCCCCUGUGUGUUUGGAAGAAGUUCGGCUCUGUCUAGAGGCGGAGAAGAAGGGGCUGCAGGGGCAGAAGAGCUCCAGUCUUACAAAUAUACAUCAGAAGGGGAAAACGGCAGGAAACAGGAGAUGCUCACUGCCUGGAACACCCACCCAUGGUAGGAAUGGGUCCCCACGGCGACGGCGGCCAUGUCCCUGCAAGCCAUCCUCUGCUAGUCGUACCCAGGCUGCAGCAUCAGAGGAUGCAGGAGACGGGUUGCCGUCUCUGGAGACAGAAGUGUGGAGCUGGGGCCGCGGGUCUGAGGGGCAACUGGGUCAUGGAGAUCAGCUUGCUAGACUCCAGCCUCUGUGUAUCAAGUCUUUGACAGGCGAGGAAGUGAUUAAAGUUUCUGCAGGAUCCCACCAUUCACUGGCUCUCAGUGCUCAGUGCACGGUGUAUUCAUGGGGCAGCAACAUGUGUGGACAGCUGGGCCAUGUCAACAGCCCUGUCACGGUUCCUCAGCAGGCGAAGCUGUCUGACGGUCUCCGGAUUUGGGACGUGUCAGCCGGUCAGAGCCACUCCCUUCUGCUGGCUGACGGAGAUUGUGUCCAGCCGAUCCUGUUGUACUGCGGCCAGCAUCAAGAGUCUUUAUCAGCGCGGAGGGAGACGUCACACCAGAGUCAACGGUCAUGCCAGAGGUCACCCAGCAGGGCGGAGAUUUAUUCAGUCAGACCCACCCUGCUCCCCUUGUGCAUGGAGAUGGGUUACAUUAGCAGUGUGUCCUGUGGUGGGCAGAGCUGUGCGGUGUUGGCAGACCAGAAUGUCAUGGGCUUCAUCUCAGCGAUCCACGAGCUGGCCUCCAGAGAGAGACACUUCUACUGCUGGUUGAGCAACACCAGGAAGCUGCUCCUCACCCCGCUACGCAACAGAGAGGGUGCGUGCCCCACGUUAGGUGAGCCGUGCACUCAUCUCUUCUUCUCUCUCUGUGAGAGUUUUGUUCGCCUGAGCAUCCUGAUUGGCCGACACGCCACGUCGCUCAGCUACUUCCUGCAUGAUGUGCAGGGCGCUGAUGUCAAGUCCCUUCCCCUGCUGACACAUACUGAUGACUUCCUAGUCAUUUAUAAAGAGUAUUGUUUUGCACUUGGAAACUUCCACGUGAUGGGGGGAUUCCAGUCACUCCAUAAACUCUCACUGGAGGUUUUAGGUUCUCAGCAGAGCCUGCUCGCCCGGCUGUGUGUUCCAGAUCAGUCCGUCAGUGGUGAUACUGAUCUGGUUUCGUUGCUGUACUGGCCUCUGCAGCAGCUCCACCAAUACAGCCGAGUUCUGCUCAAACUGGGAUCCUGUUACGAUGUGUUAACUGAGGAGUAUCAAUGCCUCCAUCAGGGCUGCAGACACUAUGAGUCCCUGUCUUUGUCCCUGCUGAGGAGGAAGAAAGAAGCUGAAACCACAUUUCUCUUCUGGAAGAGCCACUCUGGAAAAAAUACAGAGGUUCUGCGUCUCCCGCAGCGUCGCGUCGUGUGUGAAAGCAGCAACAGAUCCCUCACUCUGCAGAAGGCCGGGCGGUUCUCUAACCACUGGUUCAUACUGUUCAACGAUGCCUUGGUGCACACACAGAAUGCCAUUCCCUCUCAAAACUUUUUCUCCACACAUCACGUCUACCCUCUGACCUGUCUGUGGGUGAAACCAGUUACUGAAGACACCAGGGGACUCUAUGCCAUAAAAAUAACAUGUCCAGAAGAGAGUUUCACCCUGGUUGCCUCAACACCACAGGAAAAGAACAAGUGGCUACGAUCUCUAAACCAGGCGGUAGAUCAGGUGCUGGGUGGUGGAGGUCAGGGCUCAUCGCCUGGGGUGACGGCAAUAUCUCGUACAGCCACCUACACGUUCACUGGAGAAGGAAGUUUUAAAGACGCCCAUUACACCGGGGGCUGGCUGGCAGGACGAGUUCAUGGCAGAGGAACCAUGAAGUGGCCGGAUGGACAAACUUACACUGGGAACUUUAAGAACGGACUGGAGGACGGCUAUGGGGAGAGUGUAAUGCCUAACAAAGUGCUGAAUAAGCCAGACGGCUACCAAGGACAAUGGAGAGAUGGCAAGAUCCAAGGUUUCGGCAAGUACAAGUAUGCCAGUGGCCAGGUGUACGAGGGCUGUUUCUAUGAAGGGCAGCGGCAGGGUUACGGCAUGCUGAGCUCGGGUAAACAGGCCAGGACCUCCUCCAGCGUUUUCAUUGGACAGUGGGUCCAGGACAGGAAGACAGGAUAUGGAGUCUACGAUGACAUCACCAGAGGUGAGAAGUAUAUGGGUAUGUGGCUGGACGACCAGAGAAAUGGCCAGGCUGUAGUCGUCACCCAGUACGGUAUGUACUAUGAAGGGACCUUCAAAGAGAACAAGAUGAUUGGUCCAGGACUGUUGGUGUCAGAUGACGACACAGCUUUCCAUGGGGAAUUUGCUGAUGACUGGACUGUCAAUGGGAAGGGUGUUUUGUCCCUGGCUAACGGUGACUGUCUGGAGGGACUGUUCGGUGGAGAGUGGAGCACAGGGCUGAAAGUGGUUGGAACUUACACCAAACCAGCGGCUGAUGAACCUGACAAUAAAGAGAGAAACAGCCUGUUCAGGUUGGGUCAGUAUCUGGUGCCUUCAGCUCAGAGGUGGGGCUGUGUGUUUACUGAGUGCUGGAGUCGACUGGGCUGUGCUGCAGCUGGGAGAGGAGAGAGGACUAUAGCCUGGGAGAACAUCGCUGUCACAAUAACAACUGCACAACGACACAGUCCAAACCUCAGUAGGUCUCAGAGUAAAGCAUUGGAGAGUUUGGAGUUUAUUCCCCAGCAAGGAGAAGCUGUCACCACUGCAAACUUUGACAACAUACGAAGAUAUCUCAUCAAGGCAUGCGAGACUCCCAUCCACCCUCUGGGCUGGCUGGUGGAGACGUUGAUAACAGUCUACAGGAUGACUUAUGUUGGAGUGGGAUCCAACCGCAGGCUGCUGAGACAGGCUGUCCAGGAGGUCCAGGCUUACCUCACCCAUUUCUUCAGCCUUGUCAGGUUUCUUUUUCCCGGGUUACCUGAUGAUGGCUGCAUCAUCCCAGACCCCCCUGCCUCUCCAUCCAAAAGCAGACACAACUCUAACACAGAAGGCGUUGUGGUGGUGAGCUGCUCGUCUCUGCUCCUCCCGUUGCUGCUCCCUCGACUCUACCCUCCUCUCUUUACCCUGUAUUCCCUGCAGGAGGAGCCGGAAGAGGCCCAGUACUGGGAACGCAUCAUACGACUCAACAAGCAGCCCGACCAGUCCCUGCUCAGCUUCCUGGGAGUGCAGGAGAAGUUCUGGCCAGUGUGGAUGUCAAUUCUAGGAGAAAAAAAGCAGAUUGUGUCCAGCAGUAAAGAUGCCUGCUUUGUUUCCGCUGUAGAGACACUCCAACAAAUCAGCACCACUUUCACUCCUUCAGAUAAACUCUUGGUCAUCCAGAAAACGUUUGAGGAGUUGACCCAGGAAGUGAAACCUAUGCUGGAGGGUAAUUUCCUGUGGUGCAUGGAUGACUUGCUCCCGCUCUUCCUCUACGUGGUCCUCAGAGCGAGGAUCAGGAAUUUAGGAGCUGAGGUCAGUCUGAUAGAAGAUCUGAUGGAUCCCAACGUUCAGCAUGGAGAGAUGGGUCUUAUGUUCACAACACUUAAGGCCUGCUACAUCCAGAUCCAACAUGAGUCCACUUUGUAGGAGGACGCCCCACAGUCCAACCAGACCCAGAAACUGCAGUGGUGACUCAGUGCUGCAUUCACAGGAGCUUCCAGAACAAACCAGUAAAACCAGCGGUGUUUCACUGGUGGCCACUAGGAGGCUGCAAUGAGGCUGCACAGACAGAGCAGAGGGAGGAGACAGUGUUACACCUUUACCUGAUGUCAACACACAGGAAAUGAUAUCUGACACCUCAGUCACUGUUCAUCCUUACGUUACAUUGCGACACUCCAGUGUUCUUUCUCUGCUAUUGAAGACAGUGUGCAUAGGAAAGUAAAGCAUCGCCCUCUUGUGGACAUGUUAGAAACCUGCAUCAUUGUCUCGAUAACGUGGCUGUAAGUGGCUACUGUGGAUCUCCAGCAACACUUUUUUGUAAUACACCAGCUGAGCUUAUAAAAUUUUUUUGUAAUUUACAAUAUUUUCCAAAAGUGUAAUUUAUUAGACUAGACUGGAAUUUGCCUGUGAGGUGUUGUAUGUCAAAUUUGUCCUGUAAAUUUGUCACAUUUCCAGGAAAAGGGAACUAACUAAUUUAGUCUGAAACAUGACCACAUUUUAAAGGGGAAAUCACAGGUUAAUAACAAAUAAUAAUUUAAUUAUGCUUCUAAUGGCUCAGCAUUAAUGAUAGCAAAUUAACAGUGCAUUUACCACAGUAAAUACACUGUUGGGCUGGUCCAAAUUUAAUUAAGUUUACCUAUAGGUACCUAUUUAAACUGUGUGUAGUGGUUGAUUGAGUGUGGCAACUACUGUUUUAUAAAAAAUCAGCAGUUGAGAACUGACAGAAGCUUUUUAAACUGUCGGCUGGUACGCGUUUUUUGAAACUGAAAAUAUUUUCUUGCACUUCAGUAUGUUUUUAUCAUUUUAUAUGGUGGCGUGAGUGCUGCAUUUUGAUUGCGUUUCACUGAUAUCAGAGCAUCCACAUGAGACACAGAGGGAGUUAAAUACAUCAGAGUUCGACUCACCUCCGGGGCAGAGAUCAAACCUUAGGCUCACCAGUCAGCAGCUGCGGCAGCUCAAGAACAAACGGGACGAAAAGUUUGUCUUUUCUGAUUAAAUGAACUUUACGAAUCGGCUUACUUAUUUUCUCUGUGUGAAAACAGAGAGAAUUGCCUUUGGCACUACAUGACUCAGUUGUGUUUUUAUAUUUUCAUCCUCACAACUCAAAUAAAAUCACUUGGUCCGAAAGCUCUGAGUGAUAGUAAGGGAAAAAAAUCUCUUGUAACAGUCAGUUUAUUAUAUGCUAAUAACUUGCAUAGAGGUCAAAGAUCCCCCUUUUGUAACCUCGCCUCUCGCUUCCUUGAGAGUGGUGUGUACAGUUGGGAUAUAUCUUUUCAGUGCAGGAGAGGUAGUUCACACUAAACAGACUUCCAGUUUUCUGGGACUGUUUAAAUUAUUUGUAGUCAUUUGUUUUUUUCUUGUACUACACAUCUGACGUGUGUGUGAAGGAGUUCAGAUAUUCAUCACUAAUAUACAACUGACUGGUAGGACAGUAAUAAGUCACUACAGCGGGAAAUGAUCUGUACUUAAUAUUAGGGGAAACCUUAACGUUUAUUUCAAGGUUUGUUGUGCUGCGAGGUGUAUGUGUGGUGUGUGUGUGAUUGAGCAUUACGAACAAAUCUGACAAGGAACUAUUUUAAUGUUGCACUGACAGAAUUGUUAGAUUGAACAGUAUAAAUCCCAUUUUAUCAGCUACUGCACAUGUCUUCCAUGAACGUCUAUCACUGUGUGUGCUUUAAUGCAGAUGUAGAAUUAACUAUUUUUAUAUUUCAUACCUUAUAAUCUCACUUACAAAUGAUUUCAAUAACAUACAUUGUUCCUCUGAAUCCAUCUGUAUAUGUUUGUGAAGUCCCAGAUCGUCACAACAUCAAGUUGGACUGUAAAUCAGAAUGAAAAUAAUUAUUUUGGGCAUUUAUUGUUAGAAUGUGAUUUUAAUAUAUUACAAAUAAUUUAUAGCAAAGAAAGAAUUUAUUUUCUGCUAAAUUUCCCACAACCUCCCCUGCAUUUUCAGACACAGUCAUGUAACAUAUUGUUAAAGAUAUAGACCCAGUGUCAUGAAACAGCAGCUACAUUCCACGUACAGCAUGUCCUGCCAUCCUGUUACUGACCGUUGAUGAACGAGUGAAUACAACACGAUGAAUGAGUGUUGUAUUGAUGUCAGGAAUAAAACUGUAAAAAGCUCAGGUUGAAUGCAGCAUGAAACAUUUUGCCAAAAUAACAAGCAAGCAGCUGCUGGGUUCAAAAUAAAAUUAUCUUCUAAUUUCAA